UUCAGAGGAGGUUUGCCAUUGCCAAUCCUCUGAGGCUGAGAGAGUGUGACUUCUUACCCAAGAUGUCACCCAGUGGGUUUAUACCUAAUGGCUAUUUCUGCUAUCCUGUUUACAUCAGUGUGCCUCUUAAUGAAAUACAGGACCUAUGAACAAGCCCCCUCAGGGCUUCAGUUAUUAAAUGAUGGGAAAUCAGUCAAAGAAAAUGGAGGAUUUGUGAGACCAGAUAUCACAACCGCAAAGGUUGGAGGACAAGGCACCGCAAAAUGUAAUGGAGGUCAUGACUACAUAAAACCUAAAAACACUCAUAUGGAUGUACAGUAAAUGAAUGCUUCAUAGUCAUGCUUAAAAUGGAGGAUGCUUUGCAAUUCCUCCUGGAAAGAAGGCUGAAAUGUUGGACAAGUCCUGGAAAAGGAGGACAUCUGGACUUUGAGGGAGGCCUUAACCCACCAUCAUAACCCUUACUGCCCCCACAAAAAAGCAAUGUAUUGUUAUUUCUCCCCAGAUUUGGUUCCCCCAAAACCCCUUAGUCUAGGGGCUGUGAAGACUAUUUUUGUCAUGUUUUCAGGCCUCCAUUUUAGGCCUUUGUUCAAAAGAGGAAGUGAUCAGGCUCUUGUGAUUGUUUCUCCAUUUGCAUCAAUAUAUAACAUUUUCAUGCAAAAGUAGGGUCCUUUUCUUUUGGCUAGAUGUUUCCUUCCCUGAGCAACCAUUCAAGCUGCUGUUUUAGAUGAAUAUUUGGUAUAUUUGUAUGAAAUACAGUUCUUUUUCUUGGCUGGAAUUUUGAAAGAAAGAGAAAGGAAGGAAGGAAGGAAAGAAGGCCCACAUCUGUCUCCUCUUCAAAGUAUUGAUGGUGUAGGGAUCAUCUCCCUCUGCCUCUUUUUUAAGUUUCUUUUCCCCACCUCCUCAGAAAACUGCCUCAGGGAAUGUUUUUCAGGAAAGGAUGAAGAAGGGUUUUUGGAGCUUGCAAACAAAUACUGUCAGAUCUGUUUAAAUUACCCUUUCUGAUACAGUACUACAGACUGAGAUUAAGAAGAGGCUUCCAGAUCCAGAUUCAGAAACUACAGACUGAGAUUAAGGGAGGAUUCCAGGUCCAGAUUUGGAAACUGCAAACUGAGAUUAAGAAGAGGAUUCCAGGACCAGAUUCGGAAACUAGAAACUGAAAUUAAGAGAGGAUUCCAGGCCUAGAUUUGGAACCUACAGAGAGAUUAAGAGAGGAUUCCAGGUCCAGGCUCGGAAACUACAAACUGAGAUUAGGAAAAGGAUUCUAGGUCCAGGUUUGGAAACUACAGACAGAUUUAGAAGAGGAGUCCAGGUCCAGAAACUACAAACUGAGAUUAAGAAGAGGAUUCCAGGUUCAGGUUUGGAAACUACAGACGUGAAAUUAAGAAAGGAUUCCAGGUCCAGGUUUGGAGGUCCAGAUUCAAAAACUACAGAUUCAAAAACUAUAAAUUGAGAGAGGAUUUGAGGUCCAGAUUCAGAAACUACAGACUGAGGUCAAGAGAGGAGUCCAGCAGGAUUGUUGAAAGAGGAAGAGAAAACCAAAGGACCAAAAUGGCCGUGAGAGGAGUAGGCAGGGAGCAAAUGCCAAGUGCUGCCCAGGCGUUAUGCUUUGAAGAGUUUCCAAAAUGGGAUACACCUCAUACUAUGAAUCAGCCAUCAUGGGUGCAGCCACCACCAAAAUGGCUGGGCCAAUGGGCUGAUUUUCUGAAGGCCUCCCAGUUCCAUCCUCUAACCGGGAAGAAGUCGGAGCCAACUGAACCCCUUUCUUGGGAAGAUCCCAAAGCAUUCCUGGCUUCUUUUGAGAAAAUUGCUGAAGCUUGCCGAUGGCCAAGGGAAGAGUGGGUCUCCCGGCUCUUGCCGUGCCUUAGCGGAGAAGCUGAGGAAGCCUUUAGAAAGCUAGAAGGUGGAGAAAGGAUGGACUACGAGAAGGUGAAGGCCACCAUCUUGCAUGGGGAGGCUAUCAAAAUGGAAGCACGCCGCCAACGCUUCAGGCAUUUCCGUUACGAGAUGAUAGAAGACCCACAAAGGGUUUAUGGCCAGCUCCAGGAGCUUUGCCGCCAGUGGCUGAAGCCAGAGAGAUACACUAAGGAGGAGAUCCUAGAUCUGGUGGUCUUGGAGCAAUUCCUGGCCAUCCUGCCGCAGGAGAUCCAGAACUGGAUUGAGGAAGGUGGACCUGAAGGCUGCAUCCAGGCUGUGACCUUGGCGGAGGACUUCUUGAGCAGCCACCAAGAGUCCACCUCAUGGAAAGUGACGAUUGAAUCUCCUUUGCCAUGUCAGGAGCCAUUGCAGGACCAGGGCCAGGGAUUCUCAGGUGUUGAAGUUCCGGUCCAUUCCAUUCCAAGGGAGAUCUGUGCAGAAGCCAAGCAGAAAGGUGAUGCCAGAAGAACAACAACACUAUGUCUCUCCAAUACCACUUAUUCCAACAGUGGAGGUCAAAAGGCUGAAGGUGUCCAGACUGAGGCUGCCAUGGACUUGAAGGCUUUGCCUGAGGAAGGAAAAACUGUAGCAAAUCCCACUCAAAGUCCCAUGUACUGGGAAGUUCUUGAUGAUGAAUACAGGCCAGUUGAUUUUUCAGGAGAUUGUCUGAUUCCCAAACUAAAGGACUUUCCUUAUAUGGGACAAGAGGAAAUAGUAUUCUUCCAAGUCUCUGAGGAUGGAGAAACACUCCCAGGUAGGUUCUCAGGUAGCAGGACCCUGAAUGGAAAUGGAAAUGAAAAUUCUCACCAAGGAUGCCCAGAGCAAAGAGACUUGCAUCAGGUCAUAUCAAAGGAAUGCCCAGGCAACAUUUCUUUAGGUUCUGAGACUUGUGACACGAGGCCCAGAUUGACAGGCCAAAUGUCACAUCAAGGGAAGGAAGAGGGAAAGCCGACUGAGGGCGAGACAGCUGAGGUGUUCCUAGGUAGAAAUGCAGCUUUGCAACGAGAAAAGAAAUACAGGUGCCCUGAGUAUGGGCACAAAACCUAUUGCAUUUCAGAACUUGCUCAGCACAGACAGAGUCAUGUGGGAGAAAAGCUUUAUCAGUGCUUUAAGUGCAGGAAGACAUUCCGUAGUGCAGCAGCUCUUUAUGGACAUCUGAGAAUCCACAGGUCCAAGGCAGGAUCUAAAAGCAGAGAACGGCACCUUGGAGCUGCAUCUCCCAGUGAAGCAGGUCAUGAGGAGCAAAGUAAGUUCACAGAGGACUAUCAUCAGCAAAGAAGAAAAAAGCCAGAGAAUGUAUGCAGCAGAUUGCUUCUUAAAAUGCCACAAGAUAAAAUGGCCACAAUUCAUGAGCCAGGACAUGGAUCUGAAACACAACAAGGAAAAGAAACAGUGGAGACUCCAUGUGAACCUAUCAUGCUUUCAGAAGGUCAGGCCUCUUCUGUGACGGAAACAGCAACUCAGGUCUGGGUGAAGAAGUUGCUGUAUUCCCAGCGUGACAAAACAUGUCCCAGCAAAGCAGAGUUCCAAAUGGAAGAUUCUCCUUACAGAAGGAAGAUGUUUUUUAAAUGCUCCCUGUGUGCUGAAAUCUUCACGAACAAGGUCAGUCUUGAUGAACACCAGGUUGUCCACAGAGGAGCCAAGCUUUAUGAAUGCCCGAUAUGUAGGAAAAAAUGUAGCCGGAUGAAUGGGCUCAUGAAACACCUGAAAAUCCAUACCAGGGAGAAACCAUUGGAGUGCUCUAAAUAAAGGAGGAACCUCUGGUGGAAAAUCAGGUUGAGUUCUCAUCAGGAAACUCAUCAAGAAAGAUCUCAACAAGGAACAAACAUGAUUCAAAACCCAAAAACCCAGAGACUGUAGGAUUUCCUUUUGAGAAUCUGGUGUUUUGUUUUUAAGUUUUCUUAGCAUUACUUAACUUUUUAAGAAUUUAACAAUCCACAGGAGAAAAAUAUCCAGAAAGCCGAAACUAGGGUGCAUCCAAUGGCAUCCACAGAAUAAACAAAAGACACAUCUCAGAAUGCUCAAAAUAUGGUCGUUUUAUUGGUAGAAAUCUCCAGAAAUUACAAGAUGGUUUCAUUGAUAUCAUUGAUACAGAAAUGGUUUUGAUGGAUCACAUUGGAGAAUCCACUCAGGGAUGAAAUCGUAUGAAUGUACUGAAGGAUGAGAAAACUGUUAUCAGGGACUCCCCAGCACUAGACUUCAACCAAAAGACACAUCAAUUUUGCUAAAAGUCUUCUCCACUUACCUAUCUGGCUUCUUUCUCACUGUCUCUUCCUUAUUUUACUCUGGUAUUUCUAAUACUGGGAGUCAACCCUAUGGAGGAUUGGACUACAACUCCCAAAACCAAUCCCACUUAGCAUGGCCAGUAGCCAUGCUGGCUAGGAGGGGGAGGAAGUGGUUGUGGGAGUUGCAGUCUGAAAAAAAAAAGGAACUGUUUCAAACUUGGGUGUCAAUUUGGCUUGACACCCCAGUUUGCUCUGCUUGCUCCAGGGACAACAGAAAUGGUUGAAAUGUGGAGACUUCUAGACCUUAGCUGCAGUGCAGAAUGAAUGCAGUCUGACACAUUUAACUGCCAUGGCUCACUGCUAUAGAAUCCUUGGAUUUAUACCCCACAAAACUACAAAUCUCAGGAUCCCAUAGACUGAGCCAUGGCAGUUAAAGCGAUAUCAAACUGCAUAUUUCUGCAGUGCAGAUUCAGUCCUAAUCUUCCCAUUCUGGGAGGUAGGAAAUUCAUCUAUUUUGGAGGAUUGGUGUGUACUGCCCUAAUGGAGAAAGGAAUGGGGCAGAAUCUUUGGACUGGAUCCCAUACUUGGCAGACUUGAGGAAACAUUUCCUCUUGCCACCAGCUGGGAUACCUGUCCUUCACCAGUCCUUCCUUCUGCAGCCUUCAACACCAUAUUCCAUGCUCUUCUGGAUGGUUGUAUGGAUGGUGGCUUCCUUGGGCUGCAGGGGUGGUUCAGAAUUGGAUGCCAUGACUUGCGGAAGACACAGGUGCCCCUCCAGAUGGGUGGCACCAUGAUUCCUACAACUCUUUCCCAGGAUAAUAUCUCAAGGGAUAAUAUCCCAUUCUUUUCUCUUUCCCACAAUUGUUUUCUUGAAGAUAGUUCCUUCACAUGGAGGGAAUACUCCAAGUGAUCAUGAGAUAGACCAUGUUACUUGUUCUGAUGUAAGAACUGCAAAUUGUUCAUCCAAAGGAAAGUCUUUUGCUAAACAUGGAUCGAGGAGACUUUGGCCCUCACCAUGUUAUUGGACUCAAUCUCCUGUCCAGCAGAGACGGUAUUGUCAGUAGUUAUGGAUGAUGGGUCAUCUACUCAAACAACAUUGGGAGGGCCAGAUGUCAGUGAAUUUCAAUGCUUUCUGUUCACAUGUGGUUGCAGGGUGGUGGUGCUAAAUGAAUUUUUAUCUGUUUAAAAAUGUGCUGACUAGUUUGAAAAUCAAUGGCGGUGGCAUUUUUUUACUUGAAUAAGCAUCUUUAGGAUUACUACAUCUGGCUCGUAAGGAAACAUUUAGGGAAUGAAGUGACACCCCAUUCACAACAUGGCUUAAAAUGCUUCCGGGCUUUGUUAUCUCAAGCUGCUCCCUCAGAUUCAAAAUCAACCAGUGCGCACAAUUUUGCAGAUGUUAUGCUGAUUUCUUCAAAAGAGUGGGGCCUUUUUAGUGUUACCGCCGGGAUGCUGAGAUACUAUCUAAAGAAAGUUCGUUGAUUUUUUCUACAGUACUGUUUUGUUCUGCUUUUGGAAAAUUAACCAUCACUGUUGUUGCCGAUGCACUGUUCCACCUUUCAUUGAUUGUGUAAUAUUUCUUACUGCUUUGGAACAACAGUUGAAACAGAGAAUACAUGUUUAAUAAACUAUGUACAUUGCA